CGCGAAGCGCGCCAGACGCACGCGCGAGUUCGGCCGUUGCGUUUUUACGCGGGAAAUAUUUACGUCAUUGUUUACGUGAACUAUAGACAAUACUGCAUGAAUGAAUAUCGAUAAAAAAUAAUAUAAUUACCAUGGAUUACAAAAUGGAGAUUGUUGCGCUGCUUUUAUGCGUUAUACCUGCGUUUGUCGCACCAAUCACAAUCACACCAAAUGGAAACAGUCCCGAAAUCAAAAUGGUUGGAGGAAUGUCGAUGGACGUGCAGCCAGAUUUCGUACCAAUGGAAUCAAAAAUAGAAGAAAUUGCUGUAAGAACAAACCGUGGUAAAAAGCAAAAACCACAAGCUAAUAAUAACUCUACGAAGUUGUCGAUCAACGAAAGAUACAGGAGGUUGAUACCUUAUAUGACAUUCUACUAUGCCAAUGACUUGGCGGCACCGGUAACGGAUAAUGUAAAGGACGUUGAGGUAGAAAAAGCACAAAUACUCGAGGCUAGUGGCAUAAAUCAUGCCAAUCACCGAGAGCCGAAGAAAAUUUUUUAUCCGAAUAGAAACAUUCCCAGAUAUCAAGGAAACAGAUUAACUCAACACAACAUUGCGUCUGCAAAUCCAACAAAAAUCUAUUACAAAGGAGGUGUACCUGUUUACCACACUUCCAGCAAAAUAUCUCCAAAUUACAAUCCCUUAUUGUCGGAAUUUAAUAAUGGAGUUUUGCGCAAUGAAUAUGAAAACGUCAGGUUGGUUCACAAGCAAAUACCGAAAUCCCAGGGCAUAGCGUUCGUACCGACUACCAGAAAACCUUAUCUUAAUUUAUACAAUGAAGAUUCGCCCAACGUUCGCUAUUACUUGUCGGAGAAACCGAAAUAUAAAUUGGUUCCUUAUGAACAAACUCCUCCCGUUAAAGUACCCGAAAAUGAGAACGUUUAUGACAUAACAAAAAAACAAGUUCCUGUGUUAAUACCUAAAGAGCAUGUUUAUGUGAAGCCAAGACCGGCCAGACCUCAUUAUGUUUACGACAACGUUGAUGUUCAACAGCAAACUAUCAGGAAGCAACCAUCGAUUGUUUCUGAAAGUUAUUAUGAGAAACAACGUCCACAACUCUUGCUAGCUCAACCCAUUGUACAAAGCGGGUUCAAGCCAAUACUUAACUCACCACAAUAUUCUAAGGAACCUGCAACUUUCACAACUAGUGUACCUGACAUUGAUCACGAUUUUGAAAAUCAGAAAUACAACGAUGCACGUUUACAGGCACCGCAAAAUGAGAACCAUGAAGACAUAAAGCCUCAUUAUUAUCAGUAUGUAGUUGACCAAGCCCCUACAUACAAACCUCCACAAUCAACAUCUAAUACAGCUCCACUUGCGUCUCUGUUGAAUUCACUUCAACUGAAUAAAUCUAUUCCAAAGCCCAUUACAAAAGAAAAUGUGGGUGCGUCCAUUAGGACUUUACUACAAGUGCUAAAUGUUUUGAAAGCCGUACCGCAACCAAACAAUGGAGAUGUCCCGGUUCUAAGCACCCCCAAACCAUUUGUGCCAUCAGAACAAGUUAAAGUAUCAACACCUACUGUUGAUGCUCAAUCGGAUCCAGAACCUGAGCAGCCAACAUUACCGGAAGCUGAAUUUCCCGAAGAACCAUAUCUUGCGCCCGUGAAUACUCCUUCCCAACAACUUGAUGAGUUAACACCUGGCGUUGGAAGCAGUCAGCAUUUCCCAUUGCAGCAGGCAUCUGACGAUGAAGGAGGUACACCAGGAAGGCCAGGCAUUGACUACCCCAUACUUACCACGAUCCCAACCACCAGCUUCGACUGCAAGACGCAGCGGUACAAAGGCUUCUUUGCAGAUCCUGAGACACGUUGUCAGGUAUGGCAUUACUGUGACCUGAAUGGUGGACAAGCGUCGUUCCUGUGUCCGAACGGGACAAUAUUCUCCCAGGCGGGACUCACCUGCGACUGGUGGUUCAACGUGCGUUGCGCUACCACCACUCAGCUUUACGUAUUGAACGAGAGUUUAUACAAAUACAUCCUGCCGCAUUCGCCCAAGUUCCCUGAGGAUUAUAGCGGACCACUGGUUGAUAAAUACCUGACCCUUAAAUUCAAAGAAAUGGAGGAAGAAUUCAAAAAGAACAAAAAUAAGCAGAGUGCUGCUGAAAAGAGUGAUUCAGACGAAGAAGAAUCGGAAGACUCUGGUGAAAGCUCAGCUGAGAAGGAGGAUUCUAGAGAGAAAGAGGACACUGAAGUUAGUAAAGAUGGCGGAAGUUCAGUUAGUCCAGGUGCCAGUGUCAUUGUAGACUCUCCUGGUGAAAGCGGUAAAGUCGAAAGGCUACAAGAGUAAACCUAAUUUAUUUAUUAUAAGUAAAUAAUUAUCUAUACGUCCCUCCGACAUUCCAGUAAGUGUUUCGAAACACAUUGGCCCCAUUUUAAAUGACUAUCAGCUCAAACGGGGACGACUCCAGAUAUUUGUGUAAAUUAGUGCAAUGAAUUAAUUAAUUAAUAUUGUAGACAAUGUGUCACAUUUAUAACACAAGAAGUCGUUGAAGUUAGAGACAAUAUAAUAUUUCCAAAAAAUACAAAAUGUAAGUGGAAUUGUAAAGGGAACCUCCGAAAAUAUUACUACUAAGAGGGAGUAAAGUAAAACAAUAACUG